AUGGCCUUCUCAGUGGACUCAUCUUGGCACCGGUGGCAGUGGCGGGUCAGAGAUGGCCUCCCCCAGCCUCCAUCAGAAGCCACACCACUGUUGUCCCAAGACAAAAGGAGGCAAAGCUACAACCUGACACAGCAGCGGGUCGUGUUCCCCAACAACAGCAUGUGCCACCAAGAUUGGGCCGAGGUCUCCCGGAAAUACUCCAGCAACAGAAUCUGCACGACCAAAUAUACCUUCCUCACCUUCUUGCCUCAGAAUCUCUUUGAGCAGUUUCAUAGAUGGGCUAACCUCUAUUUCCUGUUCCUGGUGAUUCUGAACUGGAUGCCCUCCAUGGAAGUUUUCCACAGAGAAAUCACCAUGUUACCAUUGGCCAUUGUGCUGUUCAUCAUCAUGGUCAAGGAUGGCAUGGAGGACUUCAAGAGACAUCGUUUUGAUAGAGAGAUCAACUGCUCCAACAUCUGGAUAUAUGAAAGAAAAAAGCGGAGCUACAUGCAGAAGUGCUGGAAGGAUGUGCGUGUGGGAGACUUCAUCCAAAUGAAAUGCAACGAGAUCAUCCCAGCAGACAUACUCCUCCUCUUCUCCUCAGACCCCAGCGGGAUCUGCCACCUGGAAACUGCCAACCUGGAUGGAGAGACAAACCUCAAACAAAGACGUGUUGUGAAGGGCUUCUCAGAGCAGGAUGUACAGUUCGAACCCGAACAUUUCUGCAACACCAUCGUGUGUGAGAAACCCAACAACCACCUCAACAAAUUUAAAGGUUAUAUGGAGCAUCCUGACCAGACGAGGACUGGCUUUGGCAGUGAGAGUCUUCUGCUUCGAGGCUGCACCAUCAGAAACACUGAGGUGGCUGUUGGCAUCGUCAUCUAUGCAGGCCACGAGACAAAAGCCAUGCUGAACAACAGCGGCCCACGGUACAAACGCAGCAAGAUUGAGCGGCGCAUGAACACAGACAUCUUCUUCUGCAUUGGGCUCCUCUUCCUCAUGUGCCUCAUUGGAGCUGUAGGUCACUGCCUCUGGAAUGGGACCUUUGAAGAACACCCUCCCUUCGAUGUGCCAGAUGCCAAGGGCAGCUUCCUUCCCCUUGCCCUUGGAGGCUUCUACAUGUUCCUUACAAUGAUCAUCCUGCUCCAGGUGCUGAUCCCAGUCUCCCUGUACGUGUCCAUUGAGCUGGUGAAGCUUGGGCAAGUCUUCUUCCUGCACAAUGACCUUGACCUGUAUGAUGAAGAGACCAAUUUGUCCAUUCAGUGUCGAGCCCUCAACAUCACUGAGGACUUGGGUCAGAUCCAGUAUGUCUUCUCUGACAAGACGGGGACACUGACUGAGAACAAGAUGGUCUUUCGGCGUUGCACUAUCAUGGGCAGCGAAUAUUCUCACCAAGAAAAUGCCAAGCGACUAGAGACCCCAAAGGAGCUUGACUCAGACAGUGAAGAGUGGACCCAGUACCAGUGCCUGUCCUUCCCAGCCCGAUGGGCUCAGGGCCCAGCAACACUGAGGGGCCAAAGAUGGGCCCAGCCUCUGAGGAGGUGCCACAGUGCCCAGGUACCCAUCCAGGGCCACUCCCGACAAAGGUCUGUGGGGCACUGUGAAAGCUCACAGCCUCCCGUGGCCUUCAGCAGUUCCAUAGAAAAAGAUGUGACUCCAGAUAAAAAUCUACUGCCCAAAGUGCGAGAUGCUGCCCUGUGGCUGGAGACCUUGUCAGACACCAAACCUGCCAAAUCUUCCCCCUCCACCACCUCCUCCAUUGCUGACUUCUUCCUUGCCCUAACCAUCUGCAACUCUGUCAUGGUCUCCACAACCACAGAGCCCAGGCAGAGGGUCACCAUGCCACCUUCGACCAAGGCUCUGGGGACGUCCCUGGAGAAGAUUCAGCAGCUCUUCCACAGAUUGAAGCUUUUGAACCUCAGCCAGUCAUUCUCAUCUACUGCGCCCUCUGACACUGACCUAGGGGAGAGUUUGGGGGCCAAUAUGCCUACCACAGACUCAGAAGAGAGAGAUGAUGCCUCUGUGUACAGUGGAGGCUACUCCACUGACGGUGGCUAUAGGAGCAGCACAUGGGACCAGGGCAACAUCCAGGGGUCUGGAUUGGAUGCUUCCUUGGAGGAGGUGGUGGAGGCCUCAGCUCUAUGCCUCGCAAGCCCUGAGCUCUAUUAUGAGGCUGAGAGCCCUGAUGAGGCAGCCCUGGUGCAUGCUGCCCAUGCCUACAGCUUCACACUGAUGUCCCGGACACCUGAGCAGGUGACCGUGCGCUUGCCCCAAGGCACCUGCCUCACCUUCGAUGUCCUCUGCACCCUGGGCUUUGACUCUGUCAGGAAAAGAAUGUCCGUGGUUGUGAGGCACCCACUGACGGGUGAGAUCAUCAUCUACACCAAGGGCGCAGACUCGGUAAUCAUGGACCUGCUAGAAGACCCAGCGUGUGUAACUGACAUGGAUGUGGAAAAGAAGAUGAGGAAAAUCCGAGCCAGGACCCAGAAGCAUCUAGACUUGUAUGCAAGAGAUGGCCUUCGAACACUGUGCAUCGCUAAGAAGGUCAUAACCGAAGACGACUUCCGGCGAUGGGCCAGUUUCCGGUGUGAGGCGGAGGCAUCCCUCGACAACCGAGAUGAGCUUCUAAUGGAGACCGCACAGCAUCUGGAGAAUCAACUCACUUUACUCGGAGCCACUGGGAUUGAAGACCGGCUACAAGAAGGGGUUCCAGAUACAAUCGCUGCUCUGCGGGAGGCUGGGAUCCAGCUCUGGGUCUUGACUGGAGAUAAGCAGGAGACAGCAGUCAAUAUUGCCUAUUCCUGCGGAUUGUUAGAUCAGACUGACACUGUUUACUCCAUUAAUACAGAAAGUCAGGAAACUUGUGAAUCCAUCCUCAACUGUGCACUGGAAGAAGUAAAGCAAUUUCAUGGACCACAGAAGCCAGACCACAAGCUCUUUGGAUUCUGUCUACCUUCUGAGACACUACCCCCCACCUCAAGAGCUGCAAUUCCAGAAGUUGGAUUGGUCAUCGAUGGGAAGACAUUGAAUGCCAUUUUCCAGGGAAAACUGGAGAUGAAAUUUUUAGAGUUGACUCAGUAUUGCCGGUCUGUCCUAUGCUGUCGUUCCACCCCGCUCCAGAAGAGUAUGAUAGUCAAGCUGGUCCGAGACAAGUUGAGCGUCAUGACCCUUUCCAUAGGUGAUGGAGCAAAUGAUGUAAGCAUGAUUCAAGCUGCUGACAUUGGAAUUGGGAUAUCUGGACAGGAAGGCAUGCAGGCUGUUAUGUCCAGCGACUUUGCCAUAUCCCGCUUCAGACACCUCAAGAAGCUGCUGCUUGUGCAUGGCCACUGGUGUUACUCGCGCCUGGCCAGGAUGGUGGUGUACUACUUCUACAAGAACGUGUGCUACGUCAACCUGCUCUUCUGGUACCAGUUUUUCUGUGGUUUUUCUGGCUCCACCAUGAUCGAUUAUUGGCAGAUGAUAUUCUUCAAUCUCUUCUUCACCUCCUUGCCUCCUCUCAUCUUUGGAGUCCUCGAUAAAGACAUCUCUGGAGAAACACUCCUGGCAUUGCCUGAGCUGUACAAGAGUGGCCAAAACUCUGAGUGCUACAACCUGAUGACUUUCUGGAUUUCCAUAGUGGAUGCAUUCUACCAGAGCCUUGUCUGUUUCUUCAUUCCAUACCUGACCUACAAAGAUUCUGAUAUUGAUGUCUUUACCUUUGGGACACCCAUCAAUACCAUCUCCCUCACCACAAUCCUCUUGCACCAGGCGAUGGAAAUGAAGACCUGGACCAUUAUCCACGGGCUUGUUCUUUUAGGCAGCUUCCUGAUGUACUUUGUGGUAUCCCUUGUUUACAAUGCCAUCUGCGUCAACUGCAACAGUCCCACCAAUCCCUAUUGGGUGAUGGAAGGCCAGCUCUCAGACCCCACUUUCUACCUCGUCUGUUUCCUCACACCGGUCAUGGCUCUUCUCCCAAGGUACUUUUUCCUAUCUCUACAAGGGACUUACGGGAAGUCUCUGAUCUUAAAAGCUCAGAAAAUCGACAAACUCCCCACAGACAAAAGAGACCUAGAAAUGCAGAGUUGGAGAAGUAGACAGAGGCCUGUCCCUAUUCCUGGAAAGGCUCAGCACACCCACCAUCCAGUGCCACCUGUCCCAGAACGAGACUUCAGAGCCAGCACCCCAAAGAGCUCUAGCCCUCCCAAGCGGAAGUACAAGGAGGACUGGAUAUUGCAUGGAGAGAAAUGCAGCAGAGACCAUCUGAAGGAUCACCCAUGCCCAGGGGACUCCUCAGCUAAACUCUCAUACAGGGAAUACCCGCUUCUGGGGCCUAGUAGGACAAUGGCUUCGGGAGCCUUCUCAAAUGGACAGAUUGAUGAGUACAGGCCCUCAAGCAGGGGCAGUCAUCGCCGAUCCCAGAGUUCGCUGACCAUAUGAAUGGCCUGCAGAAAUCUGUACAAACU